AUGCGUAAGUGUCAUUUUACAGUUAUAAAUUAUAGGAUUCAAUGCCUAGAAGAUGAUAACAAAAAAUAUUUGUAUUGAGGAAGCAUUUAUAAGAAAAUAUCUUAUGGCUGUUAUAAAAUUAAAAAACUAGGAGAUUUAAUGAGCAACCUAUUAUUUGAGCAUCUAAAUGAUACUAAUCUAACUAUGAUAAAAAAUUUUUUAGACAUAAAAUUAUCAUCUUAA